GGUCUCUGAGGUUACUGUACCCAUCCCUCCUUCAUCUCCCUCCAGCAUUUGUUUCUGGAAGGAGUCAACACCAACAACUCUGACCUGGGCAGCCUUCCUGAGAAAAUGCAGCCAUUCCUGCUCCUGUUGGCCUUUCUUCUGACCCCUGGGGCUGGGACAGAGGAGAUCAUCGGGGGCCAUGAGGCCAAGCCCCACUCCCGCCCCUACAUGGCCUUUGUUCAGUUUCUGCAAGAGAAGAGUCGGAAGAGGUGUUGCGGCAUCCUAGUGAGAAAGGACUUUGUGCUGACAGCUGCUCACUGCCAGGGAAGCUCCAUAAAUGUCACCUUGGGGGUCCACAAUAUCACGGAACGGGAGCGGACCCAGCAGCUUAUCCCUGUGAAAAGACCCAUCCCCCAUCCAGCCUAUAAUCCUAAGAACUUCUCCAACGACAUCAUGCUACUGCAGCUGGAGAGAAAGGCCAAGUGGACCACAGCUGUGCGGCCUCUCAGGCUACCUAGCAGCAAGGCCCAGGUGAAGCCAGGGCAGGUGUGCAGUGUGGCUGGCUGGGGUUAUGUCUCAAUGGGCACUUUAGCAACCACACUGCAGGAAGUGUCGCUGACAGUGCAGAAGGACUGGGAGUGUGAACGUCUCUUCCAUGGCAAUUACAGCAGAGCCACUGAGAUUUGUGUGGGGGAUCCAAAGAAGACACAGACCAGUUCCAAGGGGGACUCCGGGGGGGCCCCUCGUGUGUAAGGACGUAGCCCAAGGUAUUCUCUCCUAUGGAAACAAAAAAGGGACACCUCCAGGAGUCUACAUCAAGGUCUCACACUUCCUGCCCUGGAUAAAGAGAACAAUGAAGCGCCUCUAACAGCAGGCAUGAGACUAACCUUCCUCUGGACCUGACCAUCUCUGGGACAGAGGCAAGAAUCCCCAAGGGGUGGGCAGUCGGGAUUGCAGGACUGUAAUAAAUGGAUCUCUAGUGUAAAUAUGA